AUGAGUGCUCGACUGAAUUGGCACAAAUGGCUAGUGUUGUCGCUGCUCGGAUUGGCUUUGUCCGCUCGGACAAUUGGCUGCGAUUAUAGUUCCAUCACUGAGAAAUUUGGAGCGGAAGCCGUGGUUCGAUGUUAUGAAAAAUGCCCAUUCCAGAACCGAACCGGCGACGGUCAUUUUGAUGUGAGUUGCGGAUCCGAAUGCAGCGUGCAACAAUGUAAACUAGGGUGCAGUUUAUGGCAAGCAGGGUUGGAGAACACAUGUCAAAUCGUUUGCAAUGUGACAUCGGAAACAGUUUUUUCAAGAGAACUUUAUUGCGUAAUGGGAUGCAACGAGGCUCUAAAUACUUAUUUUCAAAAGUUACGAGAAUUGAUCGGCACACCGACUGCUCCGGCCUUGGUGGCCGAUAGCCUAACUGCCAACUCGCUCUCACUAGUAUGGGAGUCGCCCAAUUUAGGCAACAUGAGUUACAUGGUACAAUGGCGAUACGAGGAAUUGCCUAGCACAUGGCAGUAUUACUCGAACACUAGUCACUCAGACCAGUCCAUUAUCAAUGUUGAUGGCCUGCGCCCUUAUACCAAGUAUCGGUUUCGUGUUGCCAUAUUUUUAUCUGGACGCGGAGGUACUGGAGAUCCUGUUUACUCAGCACCAUCGGUCGUGAUAUCAACAUUAGAAAGCGGUAAACCUAGUUCUGCUCCAAACUCUUUACGAGCCGCUGCACCAGAUCCAAGCCGAGUUGCUAUCUCUUGGGAACCGGGACAAUUCCCUAAUGGACCUCUCAUAUCUUAUGUAUUGAGACUUACCGACACACAGCCAAACACGAACGAUGCCGUUGAGGAUAUGCCAGCAUCCAACAAUACUUUAUUCUACAUGUUUCAAAACUUAGCACCUGCUCGCGAGUAUGAAGUUUCAGUGGCAAUGCGAAAUGCAGUUGGAGAGGGUCCGAGUGCUUACGUUCGUAUAUCGACCCCUCCAUUGCCCACUCCUUUGCCUAGUCAACAACCUAUUUUAAUUUUGGGAGGAGAACAGAAUAUACUCGCAGCACCUGCGAACGACAUGCUUUCUGAUCCAGUGGAGUUAUACAGCACCGAACACUCAAUUACGGGUGUGGGCCUUGAUAUAUCUAGUAACUCUCUUUUCAUAUCUGUAUCAAACGGAUACAUAUAUCGCAGUUCCCUUUCGAGAAAAAGUACUUCAGAGCCAAUUCUUAGUCCUAAAAACAUAUCCUACAAGCCCCAAGAUUUAUCAGUGGAUUGGCUAAAUCGUCAUUUAUAUAUUCUUGGAGAGGUGUAUUACACAAAGGAGAGUGCUGAUUGGUCAAAUUUGACUUUUUACUCUUACUGGGAAAUAAUUCGAUGCGAUUUUGAUGGAAAGAAUCAACUUGUAGCGUUGUCAGGGUUCAAUUCUCGUCCGAUACAUUUUGAAGUAGACGCGUAUAAUGGGUACCUGUUUUGGGCUCUACAAGGAGGUGAUCGCGGAGGUCUUUACAGACUCGAUUUGGCAAAUAUUUCCAAUGGUGUACGUCAUGAUGCACGUCCAGAAAUAAUUGUACGAGACCCUCAUUUAGGUGCCUUUACUGUAGAUCACGCUGAUUUUAGAAUACUCGUUGCACAUCUUAGAAGAAAUACGGUAUUGGCUGUCUCAUUGGACGGAAGAGAAGUUGCUGACUUCCGAAGUAAUACACAAACACCAAUGUUUCUAUCCACACGUUCAAUCGCUUAUGCUAGUGGAUUAUUUUACUGGACCAAUGGUAAAGAAAUGCUAACUGAAGAAUAUCACGCACAAAGUGACAGUUACUUCCACAAUGAAUAUCCAUUGGCUUAUAACACAAAGACAAUAGCAACCCGACAAGUUUUGGUAGCUUUAAGAAGCUGUCAGCCUAUACCUGUACCUGUUAACCCACCUUUAGGCUUACAAAGUGUGAUGGGUAUCAAUAAAGCGAAGGUAUCGUGGUCACCGCCUCAUCUACUAGGUCAUCAAGGAAGCGGUGCUUGGCAACAAUGGACUUUUCAUCUUCAACUUACUCACGUUAAUAGUGGAGAAAUUAUAGACAUAAAAAAUAUUAAUGAAUCAAUGUGUGUAGUUGAAAAUUUAAAACAAGAUGCAGAAUAUAUUAUAAGGGUGGCUGCUGUAACUGAAUCAGGUUCAGGUCCAUGGUCUUCAGAAUUUGUUGGCAAAACUUUAGCAUCAACACCAAAUACUCUACACAGUACAUUGUUAUGGUCAGGACCGGAUGGACUUCUACAAACUGAUCUAACUGGAGACAACUUACAAAUCCUAUUACAUCAAGCGGAGUUAAAGAAAUUUUACAUCACGGAUAUUUCUUGGUAUCGCGACAAGCUUUAUUUGGUUACGAACGCAUCUACGGUGAUUUGGUACAAUACUACCUCUCACGAAAAUGGUCUAAUGUCAAAUAUGGAUAACGUCGGAAGUUUAGCAGUGGAUUGGGUUGGCAAGAAAAUUUAUUGGUCUAAUCCCAAACAACAACUGAUCACACGAGGCAACUUAGAUGGAAGCAAUCGAGAACCUGUGCCAAUUGUAACAGUGGCAAAGGAACUGACAAUAGAUUCGUUAGAAGCCUACAUUUAUUGGAAUACAGGUCAUGCGGUAGAGGCCGCUAGGCUAAACGGAGAGAACAAAAUGGUUUACUAUCCGGCACAGUUAUUUAGUGGAAAACAAGUGAUGGGGCUCACAGCAGAUUUGGAGAAGAAAUGGCUUUACUGGUUAGUGAGAAGUUACGAUGGAUCUGAACUUCACAGAGCUCCUACUGCAGACCAGAUAUCACAUGGAAUCAGCGAGGUAUCCGGUUCGCGGGUGACUCGACUGCCGGGCACCGCUACACUUGGACCAUUAUGUUACUUUAGCGGCCGUUUGGUCUGGGUUCAAGAUGCUUCAAAAGCGGUAGUUUCGGAUCUUGCAGGAAGAUACACGGCCGAACUAGUGCCAAGAGUUAAUGUAAUUGAUGUCCGAGAUCCAACUUUACACGCUCACAGUGAAUCGUUCAUAGCUAUACCGGAGACAAUAAACUCAUCGACGAUAUCUGUGAUUGGCGAAUGGGAUCGUUUCAAUGUUACAUGGGAGCCAUCAACGCGCGUAAAUGUUAAUAACAGUCACGUAUAUUAUGACGUCAACCUACAUUUUUCAGGCCUAUACAAAAUUGAGAAAACCGUGGAGGUAGCCUGGGUAGAAGUUCGUGAACGAUCAAUAGCACCAUACAGCUUAAUGGAAGCAACAGUUCGUGCGCAUACGCAUUGGGGCGGCGGGCUAGCUGCGCGAGCCGUGCUACAUUCACCACAAGCUCCACCUUCAGCACCUCGAGCGCCCCGCAUUUACGUGCAAUCCUCAGUCAGUGACGGUCCCCUUUCUGCAAUAUUUCGGUGGGGUAGUCCAGCUCGCGUCAAUGGCGUGAUUCGUGGCUACGAAGCUCAAUGCUGGGUCUUGACGACGGACUCUAAUGCAGCCACCAAACCAUCUGCUUGUGCCGAUGCGCACUUGUCGCCACUUCAUACACAGCUGAUGCUGAGAGAUUUGACUCCAGCUUCAAAGUAUUUCUUUAAGGUACGAGCUUUUACGGAUGCAGGUUUUGGUCAAUAUUCUGAAGUAGUAGCUGUUUCAUCAGACGAAGUGAAUCCUAUACCGAAAGUAAUGAUAUCAUCCCAGGAAUCGAUCAAAAUCAUCGAUUUAGAUUCAGGAGAAAGUGAAACAAUUCCGAAGAGCACUGGCAUACCUAUUGAUUUUGCUGUUUCUACUGAAGAGAACAUAGUAUAUUGGGUCAAUAACUUGGAAGAGAUAUUUUCGUCACGAAUCAAUGGCAGUGGACACUUUAAACUAACAUCGAUAAAUGGUUCUGCAACAAGUAUGUGCGUAGAUUGGGUCAGUAGAUCUGUCUAUUGGUCGCAGCUAGAAAUUACAUCUAUAGAGGCUUAUGUUGUGUAUAAAGCUGAUCUUGGAAUGCCGAAUACACGACCGCAUAUAACUCGUUUAUUUGCUAGAAAGCAACCAAUUUAUAGUUUACAGAUUGCACCAUUAUAUGGGUCUUUAUUCUGGUACGAAGAAAGUGGACAUCCAGGUUUAGGUACGCUUAUGACUUCACAUGUAAAUGGAUCCAAUAUUGAAACAUUCUUCAAGGAUUCUGACAGCAAAUCUGAUUGCAAUUGCCCAGAAAAUCCACAAGUUGCUAGAGCAUUUGUUCUUGAUAUGACACGACAUGAAAACUAUGCCUUAUAUUGGGUCGAUCCGUGGAUUCAUCAGAUAAUUUCUACGGAUAUGAAAGCAUGUAAAUGUAGAAUAGUAGUAAAUGCUACUGAAAAAAAGAAAUAUGGAUUUACACCAAUGUCUAUUGCAGUCGAUAGCCGGUAUGUUUACUGGUUCAAUUCUACUCAAAAGGAGAUAUUUUACACAACCAAAUACCAUAAAAGUAAUAUAGAAGAAAGAAAGACUUCAUACGGUUACAAGAUCAUGGCGUUAGAUGUGGGUACUCAGCCUUACCCUCCGAGACAAUGCUUGUUUCCAAAAAUAGAAGACCUAAGACCGAAAGUGAUAUCUAAUUCAGCCAACAGCAUAACUUUGCAGAUGCCUCUUGUCGACAAACAUAGCAGAUGUCACCAUUUGGAAUAUGAACUGCCAUUAACUAUUUACACAGUAUCCUACCGCAAAAUAACAAAGAAUGAUGCCACCAUAUGUGAUAAAGAGUCUUGUUCAUUUGUCACAACUACGAACACUGAAGUUGUUUUACAGGAAUUACAACCGUUUACAAAUUAUUCAGUGAUGUUGGAGGCAACUAACUAUUAUGCAAAGUUACAUGAAGUUAACCCAAUUGUCGGUGUUCCAUGGACCUUGCAAACAGCUGCAGAAGCUCCGACGGCUCCUAAAGACGUAACAGGAAUGGUGUUAAGUCCAGUACUCGCCCUUGUUGAAUGGAAGCCAGAUCCAGGGCUUUGGUACGAAGUGCACUGGCGCACAGAUGAUCCUACACCAGCCCAUAAAUUAAAAGAACAUAACACAUUUGGAGUCACUGAAGGACGCAGCGCAAACUUAACUCGUUUAUCACCAAAUACGGCAUAUAACGUGUGGGUUCGUGCGUGCUCUAAGCAUAGUACAGUUGUAGCCGAUUCUCUUCCCUUACGUCUACGCACGUACCCUUCACCACCGCCCCUUAGUCUAAAGAAUGUCACGCCUUACGAAAUCAACGUGUUGUGGCCACCUCCUACAGCUUAUCAGCUACACCAGUUUCGAGUCGAAUACGCAGAAGCGGGCCCUUCGAUAGGACAUUGGAGGCCGUGCUCCCGCGUUGAACGAGAUCAAUGGAUGGCCGGUGAACUUCGACCGAAAACACGAUAUCGAUUUCGUCUGCGAUUGCAAUAUGUAACUCAUGGAGCGCCCUACUUUUGGCCACAUGACGACCGCUUCACUUUUGAAACUCACGGUGACGUGCCAGGUCCUCCGGGUCCUUUACGAGUGGAGGGCAUUGGGGACAGAGUGUUACGAGUUUGGUGGACUGAACCUGACCCAAGAGGAUCUCCUGUUACGGCGUACCGCGUUUGGGGACGACCUCAGCACAGAAUUGCUCAUGGCAACGACAACAUGACGAGAAACAUCAGUGACUUGCUGCCCUCGGACCUCCCUACGGAUAUUGAUGACAAUAUGAAAAUGCGUAUCGCACGUGAAGGGCUCGAACUGCUGCACAAUGGAACUGAUACAUACUGGCUCCUAAGCAGUGGGUCUGUAGGCACUGGGUGGGUGGCCCGCGUGCAGGCAGGCAACAGUAACGGUUGGGGAGCGCUAUCGGCGCCCGCCGAACUGGACGCAGCCGCUCUUGCCCCCCAUAGACCCCCAGCUGUAGCAUUAGCAGUGGCCUUGUUUGCGUUACUAGCAAUAUUACUGGGUGUAGUAGCUACAGUUUUCUAUGCAUACAACAGCCGAGCCAAGAAAAAGGCCGCAAUAGCAAACCAAUUAACAACGAACGUCCCUAGAAGAGGACCAGAUGUGGAGCUGGCGACGCUUAGGCAACUACCCACGAGACAUUCCACAAAUAUACUUUACAACCAGGGUGUUCACUGUCCAACGGACGCAGAACUAGCUGGCCUGCCACAUAUACGCCGCGAACAAAUAACUCUCACCAAAUUUCUUGGAUCAGGAGCGUUCGGAGAAGUAUUUGAAGGUAUUGCCAGGCAGAUCAACGGCAGUACUGCUGAUACAAAGGUGGCUGUCAAGACAUUACGAAAGAGCGCUACUGAACAAGAAAAAACUGAAUUUCUUAAGGAAGCAGCUUUGAUGUCAAAUUUCAAGCAUGAACAUAUAUUAAGUCUUUUGGGUGUAUGUUUGGACAAUGAUCCUAACUAUAUCAUCAUGGAGUUGAUGGAAGGAGGCGACUUACUCAGCUAUUUAAGAGCUAAACGUGCUUCGUUGUACAGCCCUGAAUCUCUAACCCUUCUGGAUCUUCUUAAUAUGUGCGUGGACGUGACGAAGGGUUGCCGUUAUUUAGAAGAGAUGCAUUUUGUUCACCGCGACUUGGCUUGUCGAAACUGCCUAGUGGCUCAUCGAUCGAAUGGACGUGUCGUCAAAAUAGGAGAUUUUGGACUUGCAAGGGAUAUUUACAAAAAUGAUUACUACAGAAAAGAAGGAGAAGGUUUGCUGCCUGUAAGAUGGAUGGCGGUGGAAUGUCUUGUAGAUGGGGUAUUCUCUUGCCAAUCCGAUGUAUGGGCUUGGGGUGUAUUAUGCUGGGAGGUAUUAUCCUUGGGCCAACAGCCAUACCCUGCACGCACUAACCGCCAAGUGCUGGCAUAUGUCCGAGCAGGAGGCACACCGGACAGACCGCCGAAUUGCCCCUCCGUAUUCUACGACCUUCUCCAGAAAUGCUGGAGCUAUUCAGCUGAGACGCGUCCAUCGUUUCGACACUGUCUAGAGGUUGUAACUACCUUGAGAGAUAAGACAUCACCGAAUAUCACGCUUACAGCGACGCCCACACCCGCGCCGCAUUACCUUACGCUACUGGGUGAUGAACACAAACUAACCAAAGCAUUGCGCAUGGCUGCAUGUUCAGAUGCUGUCGACAACCGCACCUACCUAUUGGACGAAAAUGACAACGCCUGCUUAGAUGAAGAAUUCCCUGAGCAUCAAAUGGAACCGUCGAGGUUACUCCCUGAACGGGUGCCAAAGUAUUUGGAGCUUAUGUAUGACAGUGAUUCGGCGUCAGGUACUGUCUGCGACGGUUACGAGAUACCGAGAGCCCCACUUACAUAUAUGGCCCCAUUCUCGAGACACAGCAUUGUUGGUGUCGCACCUAAUAGACUGAUCAAACCCCCUUUAUAUAGAACACAUUCCUUAAGAACUCACACGCGGCCUCCAAACGCCACAAUUAUUCCUCUACGGAACGGUAUCUUCAAAAGAGCCUCGCUGUGUGAAGAAAUGACGUCACAGGAACCUUGUGCGUCCUCGUCAAGACACCAACCACGUAUCGAUUUUGACUUCGAUAAACACUUAUUCAAGACUCCAUUUUAA